AAUAUGUAUUUUCUGAACAGGAAAACAAAGAAAGAGAGGUUCAACAACUUCAGCAGCUACAGCGACUUAAAGAGCUGGAGGACAAACGCCGGUCGUGGGUUGCUGCGGAUAUCAGUGCUUUUGGCAGGAGCAGUAGUGAAAAUGAUGUUGGUGCACUAACAAAGCGCGGACUUGAAGAGUUUUUACCCUUUUUGCAACAAAGACCCCAAAGUCCUUCUUACAGAAAUACCAGCACAAGACGCUCUCGACAUUCCUUGGGCGUGACUGCAGAAAGAGAACUCUUUACUUUCCUGAGUACCUCAAAAGGAGAAGAUCUGAACAAGUUUAACAGCCUCCCUCGUGAACAUCCUUUUCCAACAAGACCAAAUGUAGCAUGGUCAGAAAAUAAGGAGCCUGUGGAUGUCAGUUUCACUCAUUUGCACUUAGACCAAGUUUCCAAAAACAAGGUCCACAGUUACCAGUUUUUCCCAUCUCAGGCUCAACAUGUAGAAGAUGCUUCCCAUGAUAACCUCUAUAGCAAUCAAGAGAGGUCAAAUAAUGACAAGUAUGGGUUUAAUGUGCCUUGUGUAGAAUCCGGCGAUGCAGUUCCUUGGGAUCUAUCUAUGGAAGAACAUGAACAUAUUCCAAGACUGCAUAGGUUUGACUCUCAUGAAACAAAUGAUGUAGAGGAUUCAUCUCCAGUUCAUUUUGUGGCUGGAAUGCAAGGCUUGGAUGCUCAAGAUGGUCCAUUACACUCUCCUGGCAUUACAGGAGAUCCAUCCAAUAGAGAAAAGACUCAUUAUACAAUUGAACACUCUGCCAAAACGAUGAGUUACGUUAAUGAAGCUCUGGAACCUGAUAAUGAUAGCCCCAUCUCUUCAGAUGGUAGCAUUUCAGGAACUAAAACUCAAGGACCAGUUUUCUUUGAAUCAGAUUUUGAAUGUUCAUUGACACUUGAUCUCUCAGAAGAUCAAAGUUCGAAGUUAGGUGGCAAUAAAAUAGAUAACAAAAAUGGUGCUAACUCCUCUUAUAUGAAUGAACUGCAAACUGGUGAAAAUGCCAUCUUUUCUAAUGAUAAAUCUGACUGCAGCAAUAAGUCUAGUUUUCCAAAGGAGAAAUCAGUAAGGAGCAAAGACUCAUUAGGACCAAAGAGAAAUUCCUUGAAAGACAAAACUUCAGGUACCACAAAACCCAGCACUGCCUCUCCAAAUCAUCCCAGACCUGUGAGAACUCUGAAUUCAUCAGAAAAUGCAAGCAUGAGAAAAGUUGUACCCAUUUCUAGGUCCACUAAACCAGCAUCUCCUAGUUGCCCCAAAAAACCAGAGGCCAAGCCUGCAUCUCGAGACACGGCUGUAGCUGAAACACGUCUGUCACGUCGUAACUCCGUCCGGGGUAUUGUAGACGCAGCGCCAAAACCUCCCUAUCGGCAGAGUAUAUCAGUAGAAGAGCCAAAAUUUCAGCAUGGAACUUCAAAUUCAAGCAGUGGCCAUUGUGAGAAGGAGCAGCUUCAGCACAAAGGCUCUUUUAAAAAGCCCAGUUGCAAACCCGUCAGAUAUGUCCCCAAGUCAAAAACUGAUGAAACAAAAAUGUGCCGCUCCUUGAACAAAUCUCAGGGCCCUGUGGAUGCUAACAAAAGCACAUCUGCCACAGCUCCCAAGGCACCAGCUCCUGUUCCGAGUUUUGCAAGAAACACAGUGGCCUCUUCGUCAAAAUGCGCAAAGGUGGAUUUGCCCCCUCCUUCCAGAGCCCCACCUCUCACAAGGUCUUUGUCUCAAAGACUACCUCGAAUGAAAGUAACAGCCGCCUCUGAUGAUUUUAACCCAAAGGAAAAUGGUGGCACACUGAAAAGAGCCAACAGUGCUAAAAUUAUCAAAAGAAACACUGACAACAGUGACCUUCUUAGUGUUAAAGCAGACUCUGCGCCAGGGGAACAAAUAAUGGAAAAAUCAGGAUCCUUUAAAUGCAAAGAUGGGAGUCAAACUACAAUUGGGAAACUAUUCAAUCACUUCUAAAACAUAAAAGCAUUUGUAUCAUUUGGCAAUAUGGAAAGUGAAAACCAGGUUUCUCAAUGCUAACUAUUUUUGUUAUGAAAGAUUCUAAACAAACAUGCUGUAUUUUGUUAUUCGAUAGAAACUAAGGUACCUUGUGCGAAUCCUGAGGGAUGCCUGAAUUGAAUGUAUUUCAAAACUACUGUGAUGGAAUAGCUGUAACUAAGAUCCCUUGUCUUGGGGAGAUAGUAGCUUUUCAGGAAUUUAGCAUGCUAAAACUGAUUUCCUAGUGUUCUGCCUGACAAGACCUCAUCUCCAAGUUAGCUGGCUUGAGAUAAGAUAAACUAGAGUUAAUUACAAGUAAAAAAUAUUGCAAAGUUGGGGAUGGUUGUGCUAACAAAUUCUUUCAUGCAAUGAAAGGCAGGGAAUUCAGAAUUAGGAAUUAUGGCCAGUUGUAUUGUCACUGCUUUUCUGAGAAUGCAGU